AUGAGCAGAGCAGGGGUAGGCACUAAUGAGAUCUUGCCAAAUUCAGAAAUUGGUUUCUGCGCCGCCAAGGACACCCGGCGCCUGUCCUUCGACACUAAAUAUUCAAAUUUCUAUACGAUCAUCUUCACCACUACCAACCAAGCAGCCGCCGAUACCAAUCAGCAGCUAUAUGUCGCGGGGGCGGCACAUUCAGUCAUGACGAAUCUGCGCGACCUCCCUCCGGAGCUCAAAAUAGCCAUCGUCAAUGAGCUAGGGAGGGAGAAGCCCGUUUUCCCGAAAAACCCUCCCAUCAACCACAGAUGUGCUGACAUUCAGAUCGCUGCUCUCGGGGCGCUAGCACUGACGGAUAGAUUCUUCAAUUGCAUUGUGACGCCAUUACUGUACGAAAAUGGUGUCCUCCGUCAUCCGUAUCUCCUGUGUUGGGCAACCGACAUUGGAAACGUGAACAUCAUGCACAAGGCUCUGAGGACUGGGAUGAUUUCUCCCAACAAUGCAAUUAUCCGCUAUCAGACCGAGUAUCAGCCAUGGAACCCAAAGACCGAAUCAUCAAAGGAGCUUUUUUGGCGUUUCUACCGGCGUGAUGGGCAAUGGUUUCAAUCCCCGAGACAUUAUGUUGGACGUUUAUUUGAGGCUCAAAAUCCAUAUGAGAUUUCGAGUUCCGAGGAUGUAUCUGAAGACGACCAGUCUGAAGAUAUGGAACGCAGUCUGACGUCGGGAGAUUCCUCCGAAGAUGCCUCCGUGACUGAUGACUACUCGGAUGGCGAGGACCUCGAGAGCGAGGAGGAUGCCGCCUCGGAUGCCGAAACCGAUGCUGCUGAUGGCCUUCUGCCACAAAUUGCGGCGGUGGGCUCUGGUGCCGAUAGUGAUGCCGCAAGUGACACCGACAGCGAAAGCGACGAAGCGCAAUGGAGGCUUGACAAGCGCAACAUUAUGUUCGAAGGAUACCUCCGAUUUCCGGACUACGACGAUAUGGAAGACGUGGACAACCGCGACAUCAGGGGCAUGUACUGGAUGCCCAUCCACAUCGCUGCCAGAGCUGGAAACAUGCAAGUUCUCGAAUUGCUUUUGGAGUUUAACGCGCUGGUCAACGUGUCUUCGAAAGGCUUUUGCUACAAUCUUUGCACCACUUCGUCCAAAGCCAUAUACUGGCCAGACGAGAACGGUACGUAUCCGGCGUGGACACCACUCCAUGUUGCAUUGUGCCACGGACAUACGAACGUAGCCAAGCGGAUCAUAGACGAGUGCGAACACCUCCAGGAACGUCUUCUUUGCUUUCAAGAAGCAGAAUGGCAGUCGCUCCCGAGGUUCAUUUCUGCCAUUCGGCAUCACCACAUGGGUCUUGCAGAGUGGUGUCUGCAACAAGGCUCGGUAAAAGAGAACGUCAACGCUAUGAAUAUCAAGCUCCACGGUGCGACAAUGCUUUGGAGGGCGUUUUGGGAAGCGGAUGACUCAGAGACCUUCGAGGCUGCUCUGAGGAUUUUGCUGCGCAACGGAGCCGAUAUCGACCAUGACCUCGGAAAAGGACAUACCUUGUUGAUGGAGGCAUGCCUCUACGGAUAUUUCGAAGAGGCAAUUGCUCUCAUUAAAGCUGGGGCCAACGUCGAGAUCACUCUCGACGAUUUCAACAUAGACACCCCACUUGGACAGGCAUGGGAUGACUUACACUCCCGAUUCCCCUUUGGCGUUGAGGGAUGCAGCCUGCUCGAGAUUUGCUGCGGUCCACCGCCCGUCCUGUCCAGCCCCUGGAGGGGAGCACAUGCUCCAUUCCCCAGGAGGGUCAACUCGGAAGUGUUGGCGCCCCAACUCAUCCGCCUUCUGCUGGAAUCACCAGCGCGAUCGGUUGGGAAACGGGAUCCGUUGCAGAUUGCAUGCUACUCGCAUAACAAAACAGCAAUAUCGACGUUGUUGCAAUCGGGUAUGGAUAUCACCAGCGUCAGUAUCGACAAUCUAACGCCACUCGAGUGCGCAACGCUACUCCCAGAACGGUUUUCCCCUCAAGACUGGCUCCAUACAUUUCAAAAAUGCAUGGAGAAGCUCACUAAGCACUUGGUUAAACGUCCGAAAAGCGAAGUCAAGCCCGCUGGCAACGCCGCGUUGCGGAAUAUUAUGGACAGCUUCAGCACAGUGCUGAAAAUGGACAUCAGCAAGGGACAGGUUUCUGCGGGGUGCCUCGUAACGCUAGGGCUUGCCGAUGUGAAUAUGCGGGACACACAAGAUCGUACACUAUUGAUCAACCUCUUUGUUGACGGUUUCUAUCAAGAGUGGCUCGCAACAAAACUAUUGAAGCUUGGUGCCAGGAUUGAGAGAAGGCCAGGGAGGGAUGACUUAGCGGCCAUCUGGUCGGAAGUGGGAAUCAACGACGAACUCUCACUUGAAACUUUUGAGAGGAGCAAGGAGGCUUACAAAUUUCUAACCAAGAUUGAUAAGGAGAAUCGGUUCCGGAGGGAGCCCUUCUUCCUCGCCGUUGCAAUGGCUGCGAACAACCAAUACAUUGUGGACUCGAUGCUCCGGCAUAUCCAACUCGACACUUUGUGGAUCACAUACCCUGAAGGUCCACAAGUUAGCAAUCACAUACCAAUCGACCAAGUCGAAGGAAGAACGGCCAGCUCGUCGGGGCCAGGUGAAGUCACCGAGUCCAGCGACGCUAGCAGCGACAUCGAAAGCGACAGAGGCCACGAGCUGUGCGAUUGCGAGAAUACCAUUCAUCGCGGCCCUUGCGAACGACCGAUGUGGACCGGCCCCAGAGACGGUCUCCUCAUCCUCCGUGAGAGAUAUUCAGGGUGGUCACUCUUCCAUCUUGCCAUUCGUUUUGGUCAGCUGAAUGUGGUCACGAAGCUCCUCAAACGAGGGGCAAACGUACACGAAAGAACAGAUAGUGGCUGGAGUCCGGGGUACAUCAUUUGCAGCGAGCAAUGCUACAAUUCAAGAAUUCUCAUCCACCUCCUCGCCCAUGGAGUAAACCCGCAUAUAGGAGGACACCGGGGAUGGACAUCGCCUUUGGAUCAUGCGCUUUCAAAGGGAAACCUUGAGGCCGCCAAGCUAAUGAUCAAGGCUUACCCUCUCGAGAAAAGCCCGGCUGCACGAAACCAUCUAUAUCUCCACCGUUUAAUCCACAGCCAGAUAAAAUGUUUGCAGUUACCUAUGACGACGCAGGAGGUGCUCCCUAUCUUUGCGCGUCUUGAUGCCGCGGCGAACGCGGUUGACGGCGACGGCAAUACACCUCUCGGGUAUUUGCUGAUUCAAGUCCUCGACGCCAAGAAAAAGGGCAAUCUCUCAUCGGUAGCAGCCAAGAGCGCGGAGGAGAUGAUGGUCCUGCUUAUCAAGCAUGGGGCCAGAGCAGGUAUUGUCAACAAGGCAGGCAAGAGCGUGCUGGACUUGAUGGAAGAGGUGAGGGGGUACAGCGAUCCUCUUGUGAGCGUUCGGCGCUUUCUCAGGUCGACAUUGCUCUACCAUGUCAUGGCUUAUCGUAAAAGCAUUGAUAUGCCUAUACGUAAGGUAGUACCCACGUUGCAAUCUCCGCCCAGCAUUGACGGGGCUGUCUACCGCAUCUUUAUCGACUACGUCUUCCAGAGCCGCAACGGUAAAGAUAUCUGGAUUGACGGCGACGGCGCUGCCAAUGCGUGGCGUAUCUUCAACGGCGUCGGCGACUUUCGGCAACAGUUUGUGCGGAUCCCGCGCUUCAACAAUGCGGGGGCGGCCCGGACCCCGCUGUGGGGCACGUACCGGAACCCGUUUGUCGGGGAUCUGCGGGUGGUUUGA